AUGUUGCAUCGGUCUGAAGACUGUCACAAGUUCCGGUCGUGCAAGGACACAGGGGACUUUGGGGUUCACGAUGACAUCUGUACAUGUGACUGGCGUCCUGGACUUGUCCAUCGACCCGGACAAGUAGCUGUUCCGGAAUUCCGUGCCCCAUCCCACCGGGGCCCACGAAUUCCCCUGGCCGGUUGGUUCGGCUCACUGCCGGCAAGUAGGAGCCCGUCGACUCGCGUCAAUGGACGGGUGGUUAACAGUCCAAGGAAGCAGUCAACCACGGACCAAAGAAAAUCUCCACAGAGGCCCUCCGCCAAAUCAGGUUCCUCUUGCUUCAAUGGCGAUCUGAGAGUUGGUGGCAAGUGGAAAUUUCGACACCGUACAGAAGCAAAGAGUCACAUGGAGGACUAUCGAGAGAAGUUCGCUUUGAGGCUCGUCGGUGUUGAUGGAGGACCGGUUGUCGACAGCUCGGAGUUCGGGAAAAACCUGCCAGAUCCAUAUGCCAAUAAGUCAGACGACUACAGGAGAAUGUACAACAGACUUCACGACUUCUUGAUGAAGCGGCCCAGGGCCAGAGUCACUACAAGUACUUCAGUCAUAAUUACCCCGCAAGGAUACGACAGAUCAAACGAAAACCCAGCAACAAGAGAGAUCUCGCUAGAAAGAGAAAAUCAAAAGAAAAGAUUUGAAAUAUACGACCAGAUCCCGACCAACUUCUCCGGUCUGUUCAGCCCACCAUUUCGACGACCGAAAGAUAUCACAUUUCGUCCGUUCUUGAGCUGCAGCGCCGAAAUACAGAGAACGAACAAAUUCAUGCGCAACCACGUGGCCGACGAGAAAAGGUCUGGUUCCCUUCCUGAUAUCUACAAAGCGGCAGAGGGUGUUAGGUUUCCACUGCCAAAUUCCGCUGCACAAGACCAUAAAACUUGCCAAGGAGACAGUCUAUCCAGCAGUCCAGACCAGACUGGUGUAGGUGUGGCAUCGGAGACCGAUAUAAGACGUCUGGAACCAAAACCAAAAACGGAAACUGGCGGAAAGAAACGGCCGGAACCCAAGUCCCAAAUCUUCGUCAAGACAACUGCCGGUUUUGACGCUUCAAUGGUCCAGUUCAUUAAAAAUGCAAAGCAGAACUUGGAAGAGGUUCGGGAGAGGCGAAUAAGGAAGGAAGCACUAGCGAGAAGUCGGCUUGUUACACACAGAGGUCAAGGGAAUGACCUAGUCGUGACCUCUGAAAAAGAACGUUUGAAGAGGUCAACUAGCCAGGCCGUAAAGGAAACAAGGCGGAUUAAACUUGGUAUUUCCCAAUCGUGAAACUUUAUAUAAUUGUCAAAGCAACAGAUGUAUACAACAAGCUACCUCUUAAAGUUGUUUCGUCUUCAUUGUCAUUAAAUAAUAAUGGAUGUGCCAAAAUCACGUUCACAAAUAAACCAUAUAACAACAUUACUGCCUCACAAACACGUCGGUCAUGAAGAAAGGGGUAAAUCUCAAAACUUGUUUACAUGUAAAAUAUCCAACAUAUAAAACUAGGACCAGUGUUAUGUAUUGCCUAUGAUAGGCCUAAAUAUCAAGCAAUGCCCUGGAACGUUCAAUUUCAAGGUCACUAUUUUGUAAACAAAAGUUCAAUGUUACACGUAUGACAUUGGCAAUUGUCUUUUAAUAUAAAGCAAAAGUAAUAAUCAUUGUUUACACUGACUUUUAAUUGAAUCAACCAAUCCAUGAUUAUUUCCGCUUCUGGAUUCAAAAAGUUUUCAAAAUAAACCAAAUUUAUUAUACUUUUAAUAUAAAAUAAAGAUAAAACAUUAAUGUGCCAAAAAGAUCUACCAAAUCCAAAUACAUGUACACUGUACUCAUUGCUCUUAGAAAUAUAGCACAGUUAGUUAAGAAUUAGCCAAUGGAUAGCCUCAUAGAACGCCGGCCCCCAAUCCACUUUGUAUCCUUGUUGUUAUAAGGGAACCCAACAAGGUAUUGUUUUUCAACCCCAAUUUAAGGAGUGGUUCUUGGUCCGUUAAGAAGCAGUUUUGUUACUCUAAUUAUGAUAAUGUAUCCUUUCUUCUCAAGAACACACAUUCACACUUGAAAAGCAUUUGGUUUUAUCCAUCAAAGUUAAGAUGUUUUACAACAAAUACAACGGGGGCUAUCUACAUUUUACAUAAUGAUCGAAAAAUAUUACAGGGCAAAUAUAUGGGACUGCAUUGGUACUAGGGCUACAGAUACAAAGUUGAUUCGCCAUUUUUAUGGGGCCAGUCCAGACAAAUUUAUAUUUCUAAACAGGGGCUCCAAAGUCAAUUCAGUUUGGCAAUUAUGUUAAUUUGAGUCGUAGUGCUUUUGUGAAAUUAACCUUUUUGACUGCGUGCUUUAAAACCCUGCAUGCUUUUAAAUACUACAUUGUACAUGCAUGUACAUGAUAUACACUUUAGUUGUCAACAAAUAAACAAAUAAUUAUGUUGGCCUGGUAAAAUGUUAUCUUUUUCUGAAUUUGUAUUGUUAUGAAAAGUUUUGCAUUUUUGUAAAUAAUAACAAGCAUUACACUUUUUUAACCACAAAACUGUGCCAACAAUGAUGCAAUAAUGUACGGAGUAAACAAAUUAUUAUUGUUUUGCAAACAGUUGCUUUUUAUAUUAAAAAGACUGUUUUGGUUUUGUAAAGUUUUCUUUAAAUAAGUAAAUAAAUGCACCAUACCUGAAAUACCUGUGUUGAUUACCCGAUGUUUUUCAAAACAAACAAAUGACACUCAAAUGUUCAGUAAAGUAUAUAAGUAACAAGCACUCUCUCCUGCCUAUAGAAAGAAAGAAUGAAAGAAAUUGAUAAUUCCAACGAGGAGUUGUGACUGUAUUAAAGACACUGGACACUAUUGCCAUUGGUAAUUGUCAAAGACCAGUCUUC